CACCAUCGCUGGGCCCGGACGCGGACGUCCACAUCCUUAGACAACUCGAAGUCCGAAAAGCACUCAGUAUGGCAGCAGUGGAAUCGGCGGUGCGGCUGCCAACGCCAGAGCCGGGCGAUGAAGCAGUCAACGCAGAUCUUGAUGUCCUAGGCGCUUCACACUCGCGGAAACGCAGCUCAAUAUCGCGCUCGCCAUCGCCUCGACGAGAUGCGCCCUCCCUGCGACGGCGCUCAUACUCACGAUCGCGCUCGCCGCCGCCGGCCUCCCGCGCAAAUGGACCUCUUGGACCUCUUCCCCGAGACGUUGACCGCGAGCGAGCGAGAGAGCGAGCGCGGCAGCUGGAAAUGCGGCAGAAGGGCCGUGACGAGGAGGCUGCUGAAAAGCCGCUGACCGAGGCAGAGAAACAGGCAAAGGCGAAGGCAGAGUACGACCGCUUGCUGAAUAUGCGCUCUGGAGGCACAUAUAUUCCGCCAGCACGGCUGAAGGCUCUGCAGGCCCAGAUCACCGACAAGACCUCAAAGGAGUACCAGCGCAUGGCAUGGGAAGCACUGAAGAAGUCUAUCAAUGGACUGAUCAAUAAGGUCAACGUCUCCAAUAUCAAGCACAUUGUGCCUGAAUUAUUCAACGAGAAUUUGGUCCGCGGUCGAGGCUUGUUCUGUCGAAGCAUCAUGAAGGCCCAGGCUGCUAGUUUGCCCUUCACGCCCAUCUAUGCUGCCAUGGCGGCUAUCGUCAAUACUAAGCUUCCACAGGUGGGAGAGCUGUUGGUCAAUCGCUUGAUCAUCCAAUUUCGCAAGGCAUUCAAACGGAACGACAAAAGCGUGUGCCACAGCAGCACGACAUUUAUCGCCCACCUGAUCAACCAGCAAGUCGCACAUGAAAUGCUCGCCGCACAGAUGUUACUUUUGCUCCUUCACAAGCCGACUGACGACAGUGUCGAGAUUGCAGUUGGUCUUAUGAAGGAAGUGGGACAACAUAUCGAGGAGAUGAACUCACAGAUCGCACUCGCUGUUUAUGACCAGUUCAGGAGCAUUCUACACGAGGCCGACAUCGACAAGCGAGUUCAAUACAUGAUUGAGGUCCUAUUUCAAAUCAGGAAGGAUAAAUACAAGGAUCACCCUGCUGUGAAGGAGGAGUUGGACCUUGUCGAGGAAGAGGACCAGAUCACUCACAGGCCCGGUUUGGACGAUCAGCUCAGCACAGAGGAUGGCCUGAACAUUUUCAAAUUCGACCCAGAGUUCGAGUCCAAUGAAGAGGCAUACAAAAAGUUGAAAGCGGAAAUUUUGGGAGAGGCUUCCGGAAGCGAAGACGAAGACGAUGAUGGUUCGGAGGAGAGUAGUGACGAGGAGGAGGAAGACAGCGAAGAGAAGGCCUUGGAGAUCAAAGACCAAUCUAACACCGACCUUGUCAACCUCAGAAGGUCUAUCUACCUUACGAUCAUGUCCUCUGGCACCUUCGAGGAGGCUUGCCACAAGCUCAUGCGGAUCAAUCUACCUGCAGGCCGUGAAGAAGAGCUACCCUCCAUGAUUAUUGAAUGCUGUAGCCAGGAGCGGACCUUCAACAAGUUCUUCGGUUUGAUUGGUGAACGUUUCUGCAAGCUCAAUCGGCUUUGGCAAGAUCUAUUCCAGGACAUGUUCACGAAGUAUUACGAGACGAUUCAUCGAUACGAAACCAACCGACUGCGGAUCAUCGCACAAUUCUUCGGCUUUUUGCUGUCAUCAGACGCAAUCGGCUGGCAUGUUUUCCAUGCCGUCAAGCUCAAUGAAGAAGACACCACCAGCUCGAGUCGCAUCUUCAUCAAGAUCCUGAUGGAAGAGCUCGCUCAAGGUGCAGGAAUGAAAGCUUUGACCGAACGCUUCAAGGCAGACGACUUGCAGCCUGCACUCGCGGGCAUGUUCCCAACCGAUAACCCUAAGAACACGCGAUUCAGUAUCAACUUCUUCACGGCUAUUGGUAUGGGUGUGCUUACAGAAGGCAUGAGAGAAUGGCUGAAGAAUAUGCCGAAGCCUGCUCCUGCCCCGUUGCCUGCCGCGAGAAGCCCUACGCCAUCUAGCAGAGGCCGAAGCGAGAGUGUCAGCAGUUACAGCAGCUACUCAAGCUAUUCUUCACGCUCUGACUCGAGAUCGCGAUCACGUCAGCGAUCCACUUCCAGGGGUGGAAGAGGCAGAAGCUACUCUCGAUCUCUGACGCCAAAGCGAAAUGGUGGCAGGGAAGAUUCUCGCUCUCUAUCACGCUCACGGACUCCGCCUCGCCGCCGCAGAUCGCCUUCGUACGACUCUCGGUCACCACCUCCCAGACGACGACGUGAUAGCUAUAGUGACAGAUCCGUCUCAAGAUCCCGGACUCCACCUCGCCGGCGACGCGACUCACCCUCUAUCUCUCGAUCAAGGUCGCCCCCUCGACGGACAAAUGGCAAAGGUCGGGCAGUAUCUGUUUCCCGCUCUCCCUCUCGUUCACCACCAAGACGGGGCCGCACACAAAGUCGAUCUGCUAGCCCACCCAGACGCAACGGCGCUCGCUCUCCAAAUCGAAAGCGUGCUAGGAGUGUUAGCAGCUACGAUUCUCGUUCUCGUUCUCCCUCUCGAUCUCGGUCUCGAUCCCGCUCACCGCCUCGUCGAGGGCCUGCUCCAAAACGGAGGAGGAACACAAGCAGUCCAGAAUCUUCUAGAUCACCUCCGCCGCGUAAUAGAAGACCUGAGGCAGUGAAGAGAGAGGCAGCGAAGAAGCCUGCUGCACCACAGCAGGACGAUGAAUCAAACAUUCACCCAAGUAGACGAGGCCUUGUCGGCGGAGGUCCACGGCGGAGGGGUCAAGCGAGUGACUUUAUGUAGUUGGAGCGACGAGAUUGUAUCGAUUUUUGACCUAGGACAGGUUAUGGAGAUGGAUACAGUUCCAGCGUGAAUCGACGCAGUGCUAAUCACAAGUCCUCCACAACUAUCACAUUCUCCACGAAUCAACGAUCCUUGAUC